AUGCUCCGAGGAGUCUCUCGGAAUGUUGCAAGGCGAACGUUCUUCAAUGCAGCAUAUGGUUUAGCUAAGAAGGUCAUGCCUAAGAUAUCAGAGACGGAGGCUGCUGCAUUGAACUCCGGAAGCGUCAGCUUUGAUGGCGAACUUUUCAAGGGCGACACAUCAAGCAAGCAUCUGCUAGAAAAGUAUAGCCUGAAGCUGACGCCCGAAGAAGAGGCAUUUUUGAAGAAUGAGACUGAACAGCUGUGUGAGAUGCUGAACAAUCAUCAGAUCGAUGUCGAUCAGAACCUUCCUCCGAAUGUUUGGCAGUUUAUACGCGAGAAACGAUUCAUGGGUAUGAUCAUUCCAAAGAAGUAUGGUGGUCUGGGUUUCAGUGGCCAUGGGCAUGCUCUCGUAGUUGAAAAGAUUGCCGGACGCAACGGGGCAGCAGCUGUGACCGUCAUGGUCCCUAACUCACUCGGUCCUGGUGAACUCUUGUAUCAUUACGGAACAGAAGAGCAGAAGAACCACUACUUGCCUCGCCUCGCCAAUGGAAUUGACAUUCCAUGCUUUGGCCUGACGGGAGCACCCAAUGGUUCGGAUGCAGCAGGAUCUAUGGUCGACGAGGGGGUAGUUGUGAUGGAGGAUGGAGUAUUGGGAAUGAGAGUUAACUUCUCCAAACGGUACAUCACUCUCGCGCCUGUCGCUACCUUGGUUGGUCUCGCCUUUAAGCUGAAGGACCCAUCAAAGCUGCUCACCAAAGGAAAGGAGGGCAUUACAGUAGCUCUGCUUCCUACUUCUCCGAAUCAGUUCGCUCCCAGUGGUAUUCAAGGCCUGAAGACAGGAAAUCGCCAUGACCCGCUGGGAACGCCUUUCAUGAACGGAACAGUGCAAGGCCAGAACGUUUUCAUACCCAUGUCAUGCAUUAUUGGCGGAGAAGAGCGAGCAGGUUACGGGUGGAACAUGCUUGUUGAGUGUCUUGGUGAAGGACGAGGAAUUUCGCUCCCAGCAGGCUCGAUAGCUGGAAUGAAACUCUCUACUCUUGCCGUUGGAGGGUAUGCCCGCAUCCGCAAACAAUUCAAAGUUCCCAUUGCCGACAUGGAAGGUGUCCAGGAGAAGCUUGCCGUGAUCGCGAGAAACAGUUAUCAAUCUAUCGCUGCUCAGCAUCUCUUCAACGCUAUCCUAGCGACAGGUCAGAAACCACCUGUGCUCUCAGCUAUCAUGAAGCAGCAAUGCACCGAGAAAGGAAGGGAGUCAAUCAACGAGGCCAUGGACAUCAUCGGUGGUGCUGGUAUCAUCAAAGGUCCCUCCAACUACCUGGCGAGUGGCUAUCAAGCGAUUCCUAUCGGCAUCACCGUAGAGGGAGCCAACACGCUCACGCGCUCACUGAUCAUCUUCGGUCAAGGACUGAAUCGCUCGCACCCUCAUCUCCUCGACCUCAUCCAGACCAUCCAGAAGGGCAACGACUUGCAAGGCUUCAACCGCGAGCUCACGCUGGUCUUCAAGCACGCUUUCACCAACUUGGGGCGAUCCGUGUCUCGAGGAUUGUCUGUGCAGCUUCAGCCCAAGGGGGGGAACAUUGUUGGUUACCAUGAAGCACAGUUGCACCGAUUGACUGCCUGCUUUGCGUUCUUGUCCGAUGUUGGAAUGAUACUGGGAGGAGGCCUCAAGACUGCUGAGUUUGUGUCUGGCCGAUACGCUGAUAUCUUGGGAAACCUCUACAUUGGAUACGCUUGCCUCUGGUUCUACCAGAAUAAUCGCAACGUCAAGGAUUUGGCAGUGUUGUUGGACUACGCGAUGGCAGACGUUUGUCACAAGAUUCAGGAGUCUAUGUUUGGUCUGUUUGACAAUUUUCCCGUUCCUCUCGUUGGUCUUGGUAUGAGGUUGGUCACUUUCCCUCGAGGAAGAGAGUAUUUUGUCGCGAAGGAUUCGCUACGAAAGAAAGUGUCAAACCUCAUCACCACUCCGACAGAGGUCCGAAGCCUCAUGACAGAGAAUGUCUUCAUCUCCAAGAGCCCAGGAGAUCGAGUUCAUCAGAUCGCACACGCUUUCAACAUCUGCAUCUCUGCUGACGAGAUCGCUCGAACUAUCCGGCGUGAGAAGCGAGAGGCGACUGCCGAGGAAUCAAAGGUGCUGGCCGAGGCAGACAAGCUGCGAGACGAGAUCAUUCAGGUCGACACCUUCGAGACUCUAGCAGGGAAGGACCAUCGCGGUCAGUUCAUGACUCCCACUUGGUCUGUGUCGGAGACCAAACACGAGAAGAGCGCCAUGUGAGAAAAGGCAGUAGGACGCGCGUCUUUACCAACGAAUUUACACAAGAAGAGCAUCAUAAUAGACGAAGCAGCAAGCCCUGCUC